AUGUUCGGUGUCGCGACUCUCGUCAUCUUCCUCUCGCUCGUUUCUUCUCCAGUUCUUUCCACCCCUUCGUUCUACUCUUCUUCCUCUUUUCUCGAUUCCAUCUUCCCCUCUCAUGCACCGCGACACUCCCCCUGGAGCCGGUCCCACCGGCGCACAAGGGCUCCUGCCCUAAGCCGGGACGUUGUCGCGAGGGACGUGAACGCCGACAUCAACACGAUGCGCGAGCGCCGCAUCGCACUCGACAUCGGUGCCAUAAACAUGACGCUCGUCCCCGGCAUUUCAUCCUGGCUCAGCACCAUUGGCGAUGACGGCAAGUGGCCCGACUCAGAGAUCGACUACACUACUGGCUGCGACGGACGCCGGGCGAACUGGCCCGCGGAGGACCAUUGGGUCCGCAUCGAGACCCUCGCGGCGGCCUAUCGUGGUGGCGUCCCCGGCGCGGAGAGCUUCGUGAAUGACCCCAAGGUGCUCGCCACCGCGUCGCGCGCGAUGGACUUCUGGUUCGCGAACGACAUGGCGCAGCCCGACUGCCUCACCAACGGCGGGAAGGGCAGCUGCCCGUGCGGCACGCCCGGCUUCUGGAACUCGAACUGGUUCUCCAACGUUAUCGGCACCACCGUGCUCGUCGGCGACACCUGCCUCAUGCUCGGGAACGACUCCCUGUCGGCCACGCAGUCCGGGAACUGCACCAAGUUCCUCAGCCGCGCGUUCGACGUCUUCAGCUCCGGCAAGAGCUUCCUCGCGGGCGCGAACAUCCUCGACAUCGCCAAGAGCGGCAUCACGCUUGGGAUGCUCACCCAGAACGAGGCCGCGAUCGCGUCGGGCUACGACCACGUCCACAAGGAGGUCGUGCUCCAAAACAGCCUCCGCGCGGACGGCAUCCGCGGCGACGGCAGCUUCGGGCAGCACGAGGGCAUCAUCUACAACGGUAACUACGGCAAGGAUUACGCGAACGACGUGCUCGCGCUCGAGAUUGUCGCGGCUAACACGCAGUUCGCGGCGCCGAGCGAGAGCAAGAGCGCGUUCGAGACUCUCGUCGACGGCGACAUGUGGAUGGUUUACCGGAACGCGCAAACGGGCACCGUUCAUUGGGACUUCAACGUGCUCGGUCGCAUGCUCACCUUCACCGUCAAAGAUGAGCAGGCGAGCGCAGGCCUCCUGAUCAACACGACGUGGAUCAACGAGCUCGGCCAGUUCUGGAACUCGGACGCCCUCAACGGUGCUUUCUCCGCGCUCAGCGCCAACACCACGGACGCGAACGUCGGCGGUGUCAAGGGCAACCGUAUGUUCUACGCCAACGACUACAUGGUGCACCGCGGGCCUGGCUAUGUUUCAACGCUCCGCAUGUACUCUUCGCGGACGCUCAACACGGAGUGCCUCAACAACCAAAACCCCUUCGGAUUCCAUUUGUCUGACGGGACACUGUAUACCUACCUCGAGGGAGACGAGUACGAGGACAUUGCUGGCAUGUGGGAUUGGAAUUUGAUCCCCGGCACGACGACCGACUACAACAACACGCCCCUGACCUGCGACACCGCGAAGGUGGCCGGGAAGGAAGACUUUGUUGGUGGCGCCUCGGACGGCACGAUCGGGGCCGCCGCGAUGCGCUACACGAACCCGACCACGGGCGCGCUUGCGUUCCAGAAGGCGUGGUUCUUCCUCGACAACGACGUGCAGCACGUAAUGCUCUCCAAGCUCUCCGCCUCCGCCUCCUCCGAGCACCCCGUCAUCUCCGUCCUCGACCAGAAGCGCCACUCGGGCGACGUCAUCCUCGACGGCCAGACGCUCUCCGUCGGCGGCAACUUCAGCAACGCCCGCACGCUCUGGCACGACAACGUCGGGUACGCGUUCCCCGUCGGCGCCCACGUCUCCGUCGACUGGGGCACCCGCACCGGCGACUGGGGCCGCCUCGGCAUCUCCGCCGCGGGCGUGCAGUCCGCGGACCUCUUCUCCGCGUGGGUCGGGCACGGCCGCGGCUCCGAUGCGGUGCUCGAGGCUCCGAUGGCGUACACGGUGUUCCCCGCGACGACCCGCGACGCGCUGCCGACCAAGGUCGCGGCGUCGCUCACGAACCUCGCUACAGUUCAGAACGACGCGCACGUGAGCGCGGUGUGGGACGCGGGCACCAAGCUCCUCGCCGCCGUCUUCUGGGACGCCGCGGGCGGGAACGUGACGUUCACGCCGGGGAGCGGGCAGGCGGCGCUGACGCUGUCGGCGUCGGCGGGCUCGGUGGUGCUGUACCGGAUGGACACGGGCGGGGUGACGGUUUCGGACCCCACCCAGACGACGAGCUCGGUGGACGUGACGGUCGCGGCGGCAGCGGGAGGAACGCGGCCGACCGGGUUCGCGAACGGCUCGGACAGUGUGAAGGUGAGCGUGUCGCUGCCUUCGGGCGGCGCCGCGGGACAGAGUGUGUCGAAGAAACUUGGGUCGUGA